AUGAGGUUGGCAGGACUUUCCGCACUGUCCUUGGUAGCAGCUGAUGAUGGAACGGACAGCAGUUUACAUGGCCCGUUUCAUCAAAGAUGCACCGGAAGCAGCAGCACUAUCUCCAUCACUGGUGAAAUGGGAAAUGAUGAGUGGACAGUCAUCACUUUGCAGCUCACUGAUUCAUUUCGCAGCCCAUCUCUUUUUGUCUUUAAUGGUGGUCUCUGGAGGAAUGGUUGCAGUGCAGCCUUCAUGUCCGGGGCAGCUUGGAAUGGUGUUUUCCCUAUCGCACUGAAGGCGGCAUUGUUAUACCGGGCAUCUCCUUCCGCUCUUAUAGGUGUAUUGGCAAGUCCACAUUUCUCGUUAAGCUCUUGA